UUCGCUUACUUCCCUUCGGUGUGUGCGUCGACACCACCCACGCAGCCCAGCGCGCUAUGCAUGUGCAAACGCGCAUGGAUAAGCAAGUGCGCACGUGUGGACAGCUUGGCCUAGGAACGGCUUCUUUAGGUCGACUAGGGAAACGCGCUGGCGGUUUACCUUAUCCGGACUUCGCAAUUUCACUCUCUCGGCAGGAUUUUGCCCUCUGGUGCGAAACAACAUUCACCUCGGAAUACCCCUGUGGAUUUAUUUGGGAGUGCUCAACCGACUCACGAGUUUCUCAGCCUACUCUGCCGAAAAUAACUUUUAACGCGGAGCAAUGGGUUGCACGCUCUCGAAAGAGGAGCGUGACGCCUUGGAGCAAAGUCGUAACAUCGAUAAAAAGCUAAAAGAGGAUGGUAUGCAAGCGGCCAAAGAUGUCAAGCUGCUUUUAUUGGGUGCCGGUGAAUCCGGAAAAAGCACCAUUGUGAAGCAAAUGAAGAUAAUUCACGAGGGCGGAUUUACCCAAGAGGAUAACAAACAAUUCAAGCCUGUUGUGUACAGCAACACCAUCCAGUCUAUGGUUGCCAUACUCCGGGCAAUGAACACACUAGGCAUUCAGUUCGGGGAUGGCGAGCAAGGGGCAGAAGAUGCCAGAAUAGUGUGUGAUGUGAUACAGGCAAUGGAGGAUACCAAGCCAUUUUCAGAGGACCUUCUUGAGGCUAUGAAACGACUAUGGGCUGACGCUGGUGUUCAAGAGUGCUUCGCGCGAUCAAACGAAUACCAACUUAACGACUCAGCUAAAUACUUCCUGGACGAUUUAGACCGCCUUGGAGCCAAAGACUACAUGCCAACUGAGCAAGACAUUCUACGAACACGGAUUAAAACAACCGGUAUUGUAGAAGUACAUUUCCAGUUCAAGAAUAUGAAUUUCAAACUUUUCGAUGUGGGCGGACAACGAUCAGAACGUAAAAAAUGGAUUCAUUGUUUCGAGGACGUCACGGCGAUCAUCUUUUGCGUUGCAAUGAGCGAAUACGAUCAAGUUCUACACGAGGACGAGACAACGAACCGCAUGCAAGAGUCUCUCAAGCUGUUUGAUUCCAUUUGCAACAACAAAUGGUUCACAGAUACGAGUAUAAUACUUUUUUUAAACAAAAAGGACCUGUUUGAGGAGAAGAUCAAACGAUCUCCCCUGACCAUUUGCUUCCCAGAAUAUCCCGGUAAACAAACAUACGAAGAAGCGGCCAUCUACAUCCAAGCCUCCUUUGAGGCGAAGAAUCGGUCCCCUAAUAAGGAAAUAUAUUGUCACCAGACAUGUGCCACAGAUACCAAUAACAUCCAAUUCGUUUUUGACGCUGUUACGGACGUGAUAAUCGCUAACAACCUCAGGAACUGUGGGUUGUAUUAAAGGCAUUCGAUCAAAUGCAACCGGAGAAGUGACUUUUCGUGCCACACGCUUUGGGGUCUCCAGCAUGUAACAGUCAUUCAACUGAUGAAUGUGUGUAUGUCUACGGCGCGACACAAUCGUGUCCCAUUAUCUAGACUGCACGAACUAUUCGGACUCAUUGUGUUUCGUAAGCCCUUGAACAACAUAAAAACAACCUCUUUGAGGCUUGUCAUGAUCAACGAACAAAUUUUGGUACCAUCAAAAUGAGCGGUAGUUCUCAACGGGUGGUAUUUUAUUAAUGGAUUUAAGUUAGGUAAAUUCACUACCACAGUUAACCGUGUAUUUGUUCCAAUUGUGAUUUUAAAAUGUACCUCGUGUUUGUUCAUGGUUCAAAUAUUGCUUUGGGGUACUCGUGAGAUAUCCAGCCGUGAUUGUCCCCAUCUCAUGUCACUGAUUACCGUCCCAAAUCUGGCCGAAAGGUCUCAGUUCCCAAUCGACGUCCUCUCUCUCUCCCACCAUUGUUGAUCAUCUACAACAUUGUAAAAUAUAGAGUAAUCCUCAUGUUCCGUUUCAGUGAUCAGAUAUCGAGUUUUUCCGACUUUGAAGAACUGUGUGAGAACAGCGGUCACGUGACCACCCACUUGCCCUUGGUUUUCACAGUCGUUCGCUUUUGUCGCUUCGAAUCUUGUGCUUUGUGCUCUUGUUUUGUUUUUUUAUUUCUUUUUACAUUUCAUUCUAGCUACACACACACACGCCAGGUAAAACAUAAAAUUACACCUUCCCGUGCUUUUUCUCAUUUCAAUCGCAAUAUACACUUGCCUCCCAUGGCUGCUAACCAAACAACACUCGUCUAAAUGUUCAAAGCGGAUUUUUUCCCUUUAUCACCCCGUCUGUGCUGCGUCUUGGAAUUUAACACGCAACCAAGAUUGUUCAACUGGUCGGCCAUUUCUCCACACUCGCUGAAACUGUUUAGUGCUUCGAUACGUUUCGCUACAGAUUCUACCUGUCUCGUGGUUAUCCUGCUGUGUGCUGAGAAAUACAACUUG